ACAACCUUAAUUUUUUACCAAAGAUGUAGCGAUUCGUAGCGACUCGUAACGGAGACUUUGGAACUACACCUUGCAAUAAUAGCCAAUCCGCCGAGUCUAAAAAUGCCAGCAAAACAAAUACACUGAAUUGCGAUUACAUGUGCAGCAGUGUGCAGUGCGUGGUGUCGGUGUCUCAUAACCUGAGGAGAGAGAACGCCGAAAAAUGGAUAUAAUUAAGGAACAGAUAAAACACAAAUUACCGAAAAAUGCUGUGAUAUUAACGAAAUCAGAGGCUUUAUUAACGCAAAUGUCGCUCAUUGCAAAUUGGAAGCCACAAAGCGAGGUAUGGUCACUGAUACAUGGACGCGGUGUUCUUGGUAUAGCGGCAUCACUAUCGGCUUGGUACAUCAACAGACGGUUUAGACGGAUAUUAAAACUACGCUCUAUUGGCCAGAUGCUUUCGAUGAUCACUCUUGUACCAGGUCCAGCCAUUUUAACAACUCUCUUUCAUACACAGAUUAUCUAUGACAAAAUACUGUUAUUAGAGAUGACCUGUCCCUUAUGCUUGGAAUUCAGAGGUGCUUUAAUACAAUCAUUCUUUGGACUAGUUGUACCAGUACUUACAACACCACUUAUUAACUUUGCGGUUGUUGGCAGUGGAGCUCACAAUAUGCCAUAUGCAUAUGAGUUUAAAAAAGUUCUUACAAUUGUACGGCAGGUUUAUAAACCCAUGAUUCCCAAUAUCGCAUUACUUUGCAUUCUUCAAGCACUCUUUGGUGGUUAUAUGACACACUUGCAAAUCAAAUCUUAUCUUCGUGUGUUAAACAUACAUUAUCUAGUUGAGCAAGAAAAAAAACCAUCGAAAGUGUAUAUUGAAAAAUAAUUUCUAUCUAAUUUUAUAUAUACAUACUUUGUAGUUAUUUACUAUAAAAUAAAUAAUGUUGAUUUUAAA